AUGGAUAGUAAGAUAAAAUGUAAUAUUAAAUUGAGACGUCCUAAAAAAGAUAGUUUAAAAGAAAAAGGGCAUAAAAUAAAUGAAAAUGUGUUGAAUAUUUUUAAAAAGAAAGAAGAAGAAGAUGAUGAAGAUGAAGAAAAUAAUAUAAAAGAUGAAGGUAGAAUUGAACAUAUAAAAUGUAUAAAAGAAGGGAAGGUUUUAAUUGAUAUAGAAAAACAAAAAGAAAAUUCAAAAGAUCAUUUAUAUUUAAAUUUUUUAAAUAAUUUAGAAAAUAAAUUAAAUCGUAUACAAAAUAAAAAAGAAAUCAUAUAUUUAAAUUUUCCAAAUAAAUCUAAUAAUAAUAAUAAUAAUGAUGAUGAUGAUAUAAAAAGUAAUAUAUCCUAUCAAUAUGAUCAUCAAGAUAUGAACUCAUCAAUACAUUCUAAUAAUAGCGAAUCAAGCGAAAAAGACUCAGAUAUUGAAAUAAAAAAUUUAUCAAGUUUUAUUAUACAUAAAAAUAAAAAUAAUUUAAAAUUAAAUAAUAAUGAAAAAAAACAUGCGGAAUUAGAAAAUAAUAAAAUCAAGACGAAACAUAAAAAUUAUGAUGAUACAUAUAAUAUGGACCAUCAAAAUAAUGAUGAUAGCUCCAAUCAAAAUAAUGAUGACAGAUCCAAUCAAAAUAAUGAUGACCCCUCCAAUCAAAAUCUUACACAUAUAUACAAGGUAACAGAAAAAAAUUUAACAUUCAAAAGAAAAAUUCUUAUAGAUAAAUUUGACAAAAAUAAUAAAGAUGUACUGUUAAAAAAUGAAAUCAAUUUAUAUGACGAUUUUAAAGAACACAAUAUAAAAAUUGAUAAUUAUGGAACAUAUAUUUUAAAAAAAAUGGGAUAUAAGGAAGAUGUAUAUAAUGAAUAUAUUAAUAAAUAUUAUAAUGAAUCCAGUGAACAAAAUUAUUUCGAUAAAAUCUAUAAUAAUUUACAGUCAAGAGAUUUCCGUUUCACAGGUGUAGGAGCAGAAGAGGAGAUGAAACAAAAUAUGGAGAAUAUAAAAAAGGGGAAUGUAAAUUAUGAGCUCAAGGGGGACCACACGCAUAAGAAUGAUGACAAUGAUAAUAAGAAUGACGACAAUGAUAAUAAGAAUGACGACAAUGAUAAUAAGAAUGAUCAAUAUAAAAAAUUUAAAAAACAUGACAUAUAUGAUAAAAACAAAAAAUGUGAUAGAUAUGAUAAAAACAAAAAAUGUGAUAGAUAUGAUAAAAACAAAAAAUAUUAUAGAUAUGAUAAAAAUGACAGCUCCAACUCUGACGACAGUAGUCAAGAGAGUCUACAUAAUGAAGAUAAUACAUCGAGUAUAUCAAAUAAUGUAUACGAUAAAAUAAAUAAACCUACUAAACAUUCAAAUGACAAAUAUAAAUUAUCCAAUAAAAGCAACUCAACUAAUAGUUCUAAUAAUAAAUAUGAUUAUAAAAAAAAAACAAAUAAUAAUAUAGAAGAACACAAAUAUUCAUCUAAGAUAGCAAAAUAUAAUAAUGAUAAGAAUUAUGUUUUUUUUGAAGGGUUGAUAGUAAAAAUUAAUUUAGAAACACAUGAAUUUUAUAAAUGGAAAGGAAUUGUUUUAUAUAAAAUAAAAAAGGAAAAAGAAGAGAGUGAAAAACAAAAAACAAAAAAUACAUAUACAUAUAUAUACGGAUUGUUAAUAUUUAAACAUUAUAAAUAUAUUCUUCCAUAUAAAAAUAUUAUUAAACAUAAAUUAAAAGAUAUGAAACAUAAUUUAUAUACACAAGAAGAAAAUAAUAAUAUAUGGACACAUUUUAUUAAUGAAUUAAAUAUUAAAAUGAAAUCAAAUAAUCAUAAUAAUUAUUCAAAUCAUGAUAAGAAUCAAUAUUUUAAUAUAUCACAAAUAAAAUCCAACUAUCUAGAAACAACAAUAAGUCAAGAUAUGCUCAAAUGUAAAAUAGUAAAUAAAAAUUUAAAACAUCCAAUGAAAGAAAAUAAUUUGUAUAAAGAAACUGUUGAAUUAAAAAAAAUUAAAUCGAAUCAUGCUUAUGUGCAAAUAAGAAAAAAGUACAUAUUGAAAGUCUCACUGGAUGAUAUUUGUCAAUAUGUAUAA